AUGCUCAAAUUGAAUGAGAAAUCCAAUGAGCUUUCGAAAAAUCUUUCCGGUGGUCAGAAGCGCAAACUCUGCGUUUCGAUGGCUGUGAUCGGCAACAGCUCAAUAGUGCUACUAGACGAGCCGACUGCUGGCAUGGACCCAGGGGCCCGACGAGAUGUUGAGGCGCUUCUGGAGACUAUAAAAGUAGAUCGGUAA